AGAGAAGAGAAAAGAAAAGAAAAGAAAAGAAAAGAAAAGAAAAGAAAAAAGAAAAGAAGAAAGAGAGCUCACCAGAUUGAUAAGGACUCCAUGCCUUGAACUGAGGAAUAUGAUUAGCUUCACUAUCUGACCCGAGAGUAAAAGACUAAUAAGCCAACAAAAGAAAGAAGAGGUGCCCCAUUGCAGAACAUGCCCAGGAUGGGUGCCCGCUCACACAGCUCCCCACACCAGCGUGGUCUCUGUCGGGAGUCGCGGGCCCUGCAUUUUCAAGAUGGGACUGCAGAAUCCAUGGUUUCACCUCCUUCCUUCGACUGUGUCCUGCUGUGGCUGCUGCUACUCACAGGGUCUUUGGAAGGGGUAUACAUAGCUGACGUGGGUCAGAAUGCUGAUCUGCCCUGCACCUACACUCCCAACCCUUCUGAGGAUCCUGUGCCUGUCUGCUGGGGCAGGGGAGCCUGUCCGGUGUUUGAAUGUCAUAGUAUGGUGCUCAGCACAGACGGAAGGAACUUGAAAUAUCAGACAUCCAACAGAUACCAGCUGAAGAGGACUAUCCACAAAGGAGAUGUGUCCUUGACUAUAGAGAACGUGACUCUAGCCGACAGUGGGAUCUAUUGCUGCCGGAUCCAGUUCCCAGGCCCAAUGAAUGAUAAAAAAUUAAACCUGGAGUUGGUCAUCAAACCAGCCAAGGUCACCUCUGCUCGGACUCCAUGGACAGACUUCACCGCAGCCUUUCCACGGGUGCUCACCACCAAGGAACGUGGCACAGAGACUCAGACACUGGAGGGCCUCCAUGAUAAAGAACACACUCAAAUACCCACGUGGGCUACUGAGUUACAAGACGCUGGUGCGACCACUAGAAUGGGAGUCUACAUUGGAGCAGGGGUCUCCGCCGGGCUGGCUCUUCUCCUUAUCACUGGUGCUUUAAUUCUCACAUGGUAUUCUUAUAGCAAAGAGAAGUUACAGAACUCAAGCCUCCUCACUUUGGGCAGCCCCCCUCCCUUGGGGUUAGCAAACACAGGAGCAGAAGGAAUGCGCUCGCAGGAAAACAUCUAUGUCAUUGAGGAGAACAUAUAUGAAAUGGAAGAUCCAUACGAAUACUACUGCUAUGUCAACAACGAGCAGCAAUCCUGACAACCUAGAGGUUUAACCCUUUAUGUACCACCAGAUCCCACGACAUCAUUUUUGAGCAUAGUGUCGUCUUUGAAAACUAUGAAAUGUGUCAAGUGAUCAGUUUUAGAGACUCUGUCCGUGGCCACCAAGCAGAGCUUUUACACUUUCUGAUGAUAAUUAGCUCCCAGAGGGAGGGAACGGUGACCUGCCCUGCAGUUGGCACAACAUGACUUCUGAGUUUCAGCCAUCAGGGCUACCCAACUCAAAGACUACUAAUUGGGACAUUAUAGCUCAAAUGGGCUUUUAUAUAGAGUAGGAAUUUUUAAUAUGCAGUCCCCGA